UGCCAUGCAUUCUUCAUUAGGAAGGGCUAGCCCUGCUCCCUCCCUUCUCUCUCUUUCUGCCUCUUAGUCUCUCCCUCCUUGCUUUUGUCUUUUUGUUUGUGCUCCCUCCCUUUUUCUUUCCUCCUCCUCUCUUUCUCACUCUCUGUUCUCCUAAACUCGCUGGGGUGAUCAAGUCGUGGAGCUGGAUCUGUUUGUGGGCCGUCCCAGCAGCACCAGCCUACAGCAGCAGCUCAGGAAGUGAGAAAUCUGAGAACUUCUUCUGCUGUCAUUUUGCAAAGCUGGGGAACUAGAGGAGCCACGGGACUUCGGAAAAACUUACACACCGACACACGCCUAGUCUGCGGAGACUCAGAGGCAGCACGAGGGGAGAGGAAGAAGAAGAAGAAGAAGAAGAAGAAGAGUAUGGAACCACUCCGAGUCGUACUGCAGAAGUACCCCACCCUGUCCGUGCUCGUGUUUGCUGUAGCUUUCAGGUUGGUGCACAGGUUGCUAAGGGACUUGCCUAUUCCAAAGCAUGUAGAACAAGACAAAGUGAAAAGCUGGCGAUGGAGGAACCUGACUGUGUCUCUGGUGCAUUCCUUACUGACCGGACCCUGGGCUGUGCUAUGCGUGUUUUCAUCUCCAGAUAUGACGUCUCAGAUCUACUCGUCCUACACCACUGUGGACUACCUGCUGGUGUGCAUCUCCUCAGGGUACUUCGUCCAGGACGCAGCUGACAUCAUCCUCAGCGGGCAGUCCAGGGCAUCUUGGGAGUUUCUGGUGCAUCACGCUAUGGUGCUCUUGUGCUUCAUGUACGCAAUCUACUCUCACCACUACGUGGGCGGCACUGUGGUCGCUUUGCUGGUGGAGGUGAACAGCGUCUUCCUGCACACGCGGCUGCUGCUCAAGCUGGCCAGCGCCCAGGACUCGGGGCUCUACCGCGUCAACAAGUACAUCAACCUGGUGACCUACGUCACGUUCCGCCUCAGCACGCAGUUCUACCUCACGUGGUACAUCGUGCAGCACUUCCACGCCCUGGACCACGCCGCCUUCUUCCUCUUCACCAUGGUGUUCAUGAACGGCAUGAUCCUCGUUUACUUCCAGCGCCUCGUCCACACCGACUUCCUGCGUCCGAAGAGACGCGCGGCGCACUGCGGCAAGGACAGCGCAGCCAGCAACAACAGCACCAAGUUCGUGUAUGACUGAAGAACUCCCCUUGACCUCUGGAAUACGCCAAACCUCCAGCGUAUCUCUGUGCCCUGUGCCUCAUGCAUCGGGGCAUCGGUUCCAGGAGUACACUACGCUCUGGUGCCUUUUUAAAGGACACUAUCCACUGUACCAAAUGAACACCCUCAUUGACCUGCAAAAUAUUCGUUUCUGAUGCAAUUCCCAGGAUUAAGUGUCACCAGCACUGAAGACACGUUACAUUAUUUCAAAUAGCUUUAGUCUAGAUAGAAAAAGACUAAACUACAUAGUACUGCCAUUUAAAACAGUAGAGAGAGUGAAAGUAAAGUUACUACAAACAGAUGCAUGGAAUAAUACAGGGAUGGAAACACGACUCCCAUUGCACAGCAGUGUGAUCCACUUCUGGUUUUAGUAGGAGUUUAGUAAGACACACUGGGGCUAAUCAAGCUGGUAGUAACACCUGCAAUAGGAGUCAUAUUCCCAUCCCUGGAAUAGUUUACCAGGUAAGGUAACAGAAACAAGAAGCAGGCCUGUUUCUCGCAGGCUGAUGUUGCAUUGCACUCGUUGCUUUAACCCCAUACUGCCAAACCUAACACAUAUCCUAAAGCAGGGGUGCCCAAUCCUGGUCCUGGAGGGCCAGUGUCCUCCUGGCUUUUGUUGCAACUGUGCCCUAAAUUACUUAAUUGGACCAAUCAAGCACUUAUUAGAAGCUUAAUUGGCCCAAUUAAGCAAUUUAGUGUAUAGUUGGCACAAAAACCAGGAGGGACACCGGCCCUCCAGGACCAGGAUUGGGCACCCCUGUCCUAAAGGAUUCUGCAAGCCUCAUAACUGUGUAUUACAAAAAAGCAAAAUUCUACUUGUGCCUAAUAUAACGUACAUGCAACACAUCAAAAUAAGGACUUGAAAAUCCUAAACAAACACUAAUAUGUGUGCUCUGGUAAUCACAGUAUAGAAGCUGUUUGACGGACCUUGGGCAGUAUCGGGUUAAACGCACUGUAGCCAAGUCACAGCACAUCACUCUGAUUCACAGCAAUUGUAAAACCAAGGAUUCGUUUUCAAAAGCACUCCCUGAAUAAAACAGCUGAUGACAGAGAUGUGCAUACUGUGUGCGGUACAAUUGUUACAUUGUGAUUCUAACUGUGUUGUUGUUUCUUGUAAUAAGUCCAGAGGGGUGAUGCAUUCCAUUGCUGGUUAUUUUACAUUGUAUUUGCUAUAUUCCUGUGAAGAAAUUGGACGUGUGUGUGUGUGUGUGUGUGUGUGAGCAUACAAAAAAAAAAAAAAAAAGUUGUUUUUAUCAAUUUGGUUAUGUUAGUCAAAAAAGUUUACAUUAUAAUAACGCACACAGUACAUUUGAUUUUACUGGGACCUGAAAUGCAAGACCAAUUCUUGGUUCAUCUAUUUCAUUAGAUGCAGGGGUGUUCUAUACAAAUGUACAGUAUGUUCAAUUUGAAGUGUAUAACAGCUCUAAUGAUUCUCCACCCAUAAUCUCUGCAUGAAAGGAAUUGGCUUGCCACAGCAGCAUUCGCACUCCAGUAUCACUUUAAUAGGAAUCCUGUUUCUCUGUGCCAGCAGCUGCAGGAGGGAGUGGGUUCAGCACAUCACAACACUGCAUGUGUUUCCAACCAAUCCGGAGGCAAGGAAAUAGCAGUGUCACAGGGGUCUUAGCACAGGACUAUUCCCACAUUACAAUUCAUUGCAAACCAAGGUAAUCACAGUAUCUGAAGUUAACAAGAGCUGUUCUCAAGAGCUUCUGUUUGCACAUACACUAAGGAUAGGAUUUAACAGUGCCACCCUGGUCUUGUGGCAAAAACCUGGACCUGCACAAACUGCUAGGCAAUGCAAUCUGAUUUGCAAAGCCAUCGGGGGAGGGGGGGAAACAGAACUGCCUACAAAGGAAUCCUGCUGAAAGUCAAGCCCGAACCGGUAAAACAAAAGGUUGAUUUCUGGUUACAUCAUUCUUACAAAUUACAGGAGGACCCCUCCCAGUAUCUGGUGUCUUUUUUUUGAGAAUUGGAUAAACAUGGCAGGCACCGACAUGCCUCCUCAUAACCGCUAUGUGUGCAUGGGACCAUGCUGCUACAUGAGCAAUAAAAUAUUUAAAAAAAACCCAGUGAUCCCUUGGCAACGGUCUACACUUUACUUAAAAAGUGCAAUUCAAAUCACUGACAAGAACAGAGAGUAAGUAAAGACAUCGUUCCAUCAGUGCAACUAAUUGAAUCUUGAUUGUUAAGAUGAUGUUAAAGUGUGGGGAGGGUUUAUUGAAUAAAGGCUUUAAUGAAA